GCUUAAUUGAAAGAUAUGAACGGAUCGGCGUAACAACAAAACAGAAAACUCGUAUAGGCUGAGUUGCGAUAUUUGCUUAACCCGCAAAGGGUCCAAACCCUGACAGGAACGUGCUUUGCUUUCCUCUUUCUUAAGUUUCUCGUUUCGUGUUCAUUUUUUCCCUCGAAUAUCAAUUCUCGUUCCUAUAUUCAUUAGUAAGGUGCUGCUCGUUUAUUCUUCAUGAACCGAUAAAACUCCCGAGUGUUACACUUCAGUCACCUCUAAGUUCUCCUUUACUACAAUUGUUGCGUCUUUAUCGCGCAAAUUUUCUUUACUGUUGAUUACAUACAAUUCAUCGGAAAGUUUAUAGCAUCACAACCUGGUCUUUGAUUAUACACCAUUAACGAUUUCGUAUACAUUUUUACGAGUCAUGAAACGAAAGUUUGAGAUUCGACCUUGCGUUCCGGGAACGGUUUUGGCAGAACAUUUAAAAACCACAAUCCCAAAGGACUUGGUGACACCCCUAUACAAAAGCUUUGAAAUAACAACACACGUAUCUGGGACAGUUAUUGCAGUUGAUUCUGCCGAUUCUUCCUAUUUAAAGAAAGAUGCUCUAGCAAUCGGCAUUUCUCGCGCGAAGCAGCAAAAGGGUCAACACAGUAAACUCAUACCGGUUCAUCUUCAUGAAACCCCUUGCGGCCCGGCUGGUCACUUUCUUCGUCCAGAAGAGGACAAAUUUCUUCACGAAGAAGAAUCGUUCAUUAAUACUGGAGACACCGUUACGAGUGUUCCCUCAAGCAUUCUAUUUACAUCCUCCUCGCCAGAGGCGGAACUAUUUGACGCUCUGGCGCAAAAACUUUAUGAACUACAGCCCGGUAACAAAUACAUUCGUUUACUACUAUUUUUUGUUAAAAAGGCAUUGCUUUUACUCAUUCAAGGAUAUGAGAGUGAUUUUUUCCGAUGGGACCCAAAUCGUGAAUCGUUUUAUUCACACCCUUUUUGUACAAGUGGAUUUACUGUUUCCUCAUUUAUGGGCAUAUGUCAUGAAUGUAUAGACUGUGGUUCACUUGUUAAGAAAUCACAGGCUGCGUUAAGUACUCAACGAGUUCAAAGUUCCACGAUUGCUUCCGCCUUCCAAGCUUUCAUCCUUGAAGCAAUUUUUCAGUACAAACGAGACGUCCUUUCAUUAAAUCUGGGAGCUGACGGCGAGUUCUACACUCUCUGUCUGUCUAUUUUUUUACAGCAGCAUAAACCUUUUAUUCAAUUUCUCUCGUAUUCUUUAACAGCAGAUUUCUCCUCUUCAAGCACUUCCUUCUUAGAAUUUGUGUAUGAUUACGCGUCUGCCACUGAAAACAGCGAUAAUUAUUAUGUUGGCUUACAGUGCUUUCAGUUUUGUUUUCAGUUUUUUGUUAAACAGGUCCGAAGAAUACUACACAAUGAACACGACGACGAAAUUGACUUGCCGCCUUUUCUGAAGCCUUACAACGAAACGUUGCGGAAUGUAAUUCAGUGUGUACGGUUUAUGAAAAGGAUAUCAGUUCAACAAGAUUUGCCCGACUUCCCCAAAUGUCAGUAUCCUAUAUUCUUUGACGAUUUAAGACAAACAGGUCAUAACAAUUCUAAUGAGAACGGAACGUCAACACAUCCGUCUACAUUUACUUCUUCAAUCCCACAAAUCUCUCACCAUCCUACUUUAAAUUUCGACGAUCUUGUACACAAAAUUGACAGCAUUCAUGUACAGGACAGGACGACCAUAGGAAGUUGUCGUGUCAACCUGCAGUACCCAUCAGCAGAUCUCUGCCCGCUUUCGUUUUGCCUUCUAUACGGAUUCGCUCUUCCCCUGCAGCAAUAUUCGGACACACUCUCUAUGGUUUUGCUGAACACUUUAGAUACCCAAUCUAGCAUUUCAAACAACAUCCUCCUGUUUGAGUCUAUUGCCCUGUUCUCUGACGAAGUGUUCUAUGGUGAUGUCUGUGCAGUUUGUCGAGACACUUUGCUCCCUCACAAUGUCUCAUCUUCCGACUUACAAUUUCAACUGGCAAUGUCGUUACAGACAGCUAUUAACAACUCUAUUGAUAGAAUCAUGAACGAAAACGCGGCACACAAACUCGUCUCUCUACUUAUCACGACUACGGAAGAAAACGUUAUUGAAGAUUCACCCUGCUCCUCUAUAAAACUAGUUGUUCGUGUGAAAAGCCCAAUCAGUACUCUCUUAUCGCCCAAAUGCAUCCGCCUGUGUGAGGAGCUGUUCUCAACGAUUCUCAUACUCAUCUUCAACGACAUUCGGACCAGUCUGCAGGUACAAGAGAAAAAGCAACUUCUCCAUGCAGCCCGAUGUGAACGUAUGGAGACGGUCAAGUCCUGGAUGCAACUGCAUGAAUGCCGCAUUGUGAAGGAACAGCUGCUUCAUUCACUCAUCCCUGAGGCGUUGGCACGCAUUCAUGAACUGCUUAAGGGACACAUCCGACAACGACGAUUCGACACUCUUCAGCUUGAAAAGCAGACAGUUCUGGAAAGGAUAUCCAGUGGAAUUCAAGAAACAAUCUCUCAGCUAUACAACACCGCACAUAAUAUACGAUGAAGCAUCCCCACAUUAAAAACAAACACUUGCUCCGUCGAGACUAUCCUCCGUUCCCUGUCCACAACUUAAAGAAUAGUACGAGUCAUGUAAUCAAAUUGCAUUGAUAAAAUAGUAAAGAACGAUGCUCUUGCGUGGAAGUUGGUGCCGUCAGUGGUCGACCAUAACCGCCGUAACGAACGCCGUUACUAAGAAUGCACGCUAUAACGUAAGAAAAUGCAGAUAGCUCAGAGCACAAUCCAUAACGCACGUCGCGCAGAGGGAAGAAAAUGCAUGGUGAACAGAAAAGACACAGAAAGAGCGUAACACCGUCCCGAUGUCAUGCAUUCGGUCAGACGGUAAAGAGGUAAAGAAACAAGCUAGUAACCAAAAUGAAGCAAAGGGUGGUGUCUAAACUACUUACCACAAAGCACGAGAGGCCAUAUCCUUAACGGCAGUCUCAUUCAAACGAGUAGCAGAGCGGCUGCUGUUGGUGUAAACACAAACACCUUGUCCUCUGUAACCAACAUUACGGCAUUCAGCACCGCCGAAAGAAGUACGAAGAGCAGAGUUGCAGUUAACGGGGUAUUGAGUACCGUUGAAGCAAGUGUUGACAAGGAAGGGGUAUUCGCUGUUGCAAAGAGUUUGGUUGCAGCUCCAUUCAGUCAGAGAGCUGCGGCUGAUGUAAACAGACUUGGAGGGAAUGACGUUGGUGAACUCCAAAGAAACUUGCUUCAAGGGAGAACCGCGAGUGACAAGAGUAGUGGCAUUCUCAAAGUUAGAGGCGUUAGCCUUCGUGGUGAAGUUGGAGGAACCGGUAACACAAAGACCACGGGUCAAACCGUAAGUGUUAGAGGUCUCAACACAGGCAGAACCAACACCGUAGGGGUAACCAAGAAUGGUAGGACAGUUCAGCAACACAGUACUGUGGUUGGUACAGAUGGCAAUGACAUCGGGGGAGACACACAAAUUGGCACCAUUGGUGUGACAGAAAGUACCCUCAGAAAUGUUGUAGUAGGCAGUGCUCUUGACAGUCUUAACACUAGUAACAAGAGAGUUGGUCAUUCUCUUCUCCUUCUUGCCGAAAACCCAAGAGAGAUCACGGAUGGAGAGAGCAGACACAGUGCUCAUGAAGAGGAAGAUAGUGGCGAAGAAACGCAUUGUGUUCUAGUGAUUGUCGUAAAAAUGAAACACGGGACAAAAAAUUCUAUGACCGAAACACGGAUUUUGAGUACUUCGU